AUGUCUGCUGAGGGCGUUGAUGCGGCCGCGCCGAACCUCAACCUUACCCCUGAAGAGAAACGUCUCUAUGGCCAGUUGUUCCGCCAAGCCGAUACCGAGAGCGUAGGUGUUGUUACUGGCGAAACCGCUGUCAAGUUCUUUGAAAAGACUAGGUUGGAUUCUAGAGUACUUGGAGAGAUAUGGCAGAUUGCAGACAAGGAGAACCGGGGCUUCCUGACCCCAGCGGGCUUCGGGCUUGUGUUAAGGCUCAUCGGCCACGCGCAAGCUGGGCGCGAGCCAACAACCGAGAUCGCCCUCCAACCGGGACCGCUGCCACGUUUCGAUGGCAUGCCUCCUCCAGCCGGCCUCACGUCUCCCACCGCCCCUCCCGCCGCUGCCCUGCAAGCCCAGGGCACUGGCGGAGGCCCUAUCAGGAUUCCGCCUCUGACGCCCGAGAAAGUUAACCAGUAUGCUGGAUUGUUUGAGCGCCAACCGCUGCAGGCGGGCAACCUCCUACCGGGCGACGCAGCCAAGUCCAUCUUCGAGAAGUCAGGACUGCCGACCGAGGUGCUUGGCAGAAUCUGGCAAUUAGCCGACACUGAACAGCGCGGCGCUUUGGUCUUGACCGAAUUUGUCAUCGCCAUGCACCUCCUUACAUCCAUGAAGACAGGCGCUCUGAGAGGCCUCCCCAAUAUCCUUCCAGCGGCUCUGUACGAAGCUGCAACUCGGCGUGGACCUGCCGCGCCCAGACAAUCGCCUACCGGUACCGGUCCCGUCUCUGCCAUUCCUAGACAACUCAGCGGCUCGGCCCAAUUUCGUGCCGGUAGCCCCCUUGGACGGCCGCCCAUCACCGCGCAAACAACUGGCACUCCCGCAAACGACUGGCUCAUCACCCCUGAUGACAAGGCACGGUUUGACAUCCUUUACAAUGAUCUGGACAAGAAUCGCAAGGGCUUCAUCACUGGCGAAGAAGCCGUCCCUUUCCUGAGCCAAUCGAACCUCCCAGAGGACGCCUUGGCUCAGAUUUGGGAUCUUGCAGAUAUCAACUCCGAGGGCCGCUUGAACAGAGAUACUUUCGCCGUUGCCAUGUACCUCAUUCGGCAGCAGCGGAUGAGGCGAGAUGGCUCGGUCUCCCUUCCGACAACGCUGCCUGCCAACCUGAUCCCACCUAGUCUGCGGACCCAAGCACGUCCCCAAACAUCAGGCUCGCCCUUUGACGCGCCUCCCCAGCCUCAACCACCUGUCCCGGCGCCUCCUCCGGCUCCCAAGUCUGCUCUUGAUGACUUGUUUGGUCUUGACACACCGCCUGCUCCCGCCCCUGCACAAGUUGCUCUGUCGACGGGUGGUUCUAAUGCGAACGAUCCGUUCGGCUCGGGCUCGGCUGUCCUGGCACCUUCUUCUCCCAUUCGACCCUCGCCCACUGGAACUCAAUUCAAGCCAUUUGUGCCUUCAUCGUCUUUCGGGCGCGGGCUUGCUGUUCAUUCCACAGGAGACUCAAACUCCGGCAAGCCCCCCGCUCCCUCGGCAUCCGAAGACCUCCUGGGAGAUGGCGACCCUGAGGUCAGCAAGAAGCUGACCAACGAAACUGCCGAGCUUGCGAACCUAUCCAAUCAGAUCGGUUCACUGUCUAAGCAGAUGCAGGAGGUUCAGGGUCAGCGUACCACAACGCAAAACGAACUCAACCAAGCCAACUCACAGAAGAAGAACUUUGAGCAGCGCUUGGCGCAACUCCGUACCUUGUACGAGAAGGAAGCCAAAGACGUUGAGGCUUUACAGGUACAGCUGAACACCUCAAGAAACGAGACGAAGAAGCUUCAGGCCGAGUGCAUGACGCUGGACGGCACCUACCGAGACUUGCAGACUCAGCACCAGCAAGUUUAUGCUGGGCUGCAGGCUGAUCAGCAAGAGAACGCAAGUCUUAAGGAAAAGAUGCGUGCCCUCAACGCCGAGAUUGCCCAGCUCAAGCCUCAGAUCGAGAAGCUCAAGUCCGAGGCGCGACAACAAAAGGGACUUGUUGCCAUCAACAAGAAGCAGCUGACGACUAAUGAGGGCGAGCGCGAUAAGCUUCAGUCUGAACUGACCGAUCUCUCCAAGAGCAACGAGGAGCUCUCUCGCCAGGCGAACACUAGUUCUCCAGUCGCGUCAUCGGCCCAGGUCGGAAGUCCUACACCUUCGACUGCCAGUGGAAACAACCCCUUUUUCAGGAGAACGGGCAGCACUGACAUUAUGGGUUCCUUCGCCUCGCCGCCGCCUGCCAAGCCCUCCAGUGUUGACAAGUCCUUUGAUGAUGUCUUUGGGCCAGCAUUCCCUUCUGCCGGGUCUACUAGUACCCCACCACCCGCCACAUCUUUCAAGCCGCAACACACAGGUGCGUCGACUGCCAGCUUGGGCUCGUUCUCGACACCCCCAGUCUCCACGCCACCCAAUGUCAGCCGUCAAGCCACCCUCACAGCUGAGCCUCCUGCUCCUCCAGAGUCGAGGCAGAUCAGCUCAAGUUUCCUCCCGUUCGCCGACGCAAGUGAAUCUCUCAGCUCCUCUCGGGCCGUCUCACCGCCUGCCUCUCGAGCUGAAGGUGGUUUUGAGACCCCUCAGGCGAGCUCACUGCCUGGAGCUUUCCCCCUCGAGCCUACGACAACGGGCCGGAGCACUGAGUCGGCGUCGACCGCAAGCAACAAAGAGCCCACUAUCCAAGGCGAUGCGAAGCCUCCGAGCAACGGAGUUGCAGCUGCGCCAGACAAUGCUGUGACGGACUCUGACCCGUUUGCAGCCAUGGGCCCGAAUGAUGCCAAGGCUGAUUUUGAUGAUGCUUUUGCUAGCUUUACUAGUGCGCACAAGAGCUCGGAAAGCUCUGGUGCUGACGCAAACAAAUCUUUCUCAGCUUUCGACUCUGAGUUCCCGCCCAUCUCUGAGCUUGACCGCGAAGAUGAUGAUUCGGAUACUGCAAGCGAGGGUGGCGGGUUUGGUGGUGGUUUUGAGGAUGAUUUCGCCCCGGCGUCCCCUCAAGCAAAGAAGACCGAGGCUCCCGAAGCUCUCAAGGAAGCCACUUCUCCCCCACCUGCCGCCGCAGCCCUUGCACCCGCCCCUGCUAUUGAGGAUGCGCCUGCGCCUGAGCCCUCUGCUGCCCCGGUUGCUACCCCUGAGGUCUCGGAAACUCCUGUUGCACCAGCGGCUCCAGCUACACAGCCUGCCGCACCCAAGGCAAAAUCGUCCUUCGACGACCUAGACGAUGAAUUCGAAGGCCUUGAGGAUGCCAAGGAGGGCUCAGCCGACGACGACUUCCAGACGAUCUCUAGGUCCGGCCUGGACGACUUCAAUCCUGUCUUCGACAGCAGCCCUCCGCCUAGCCAGGCCAAGACUGAGUCGACGGCGUUUGGACAAGAGAGCAGCUACGAUUUUGGAUCGGUAUCGCCGAACACCGCCGUUGGUGGCAACGCCGGUGCACCGGCGAAGGGAGCAGGAGCCCCAGAGGCGCAGGACUGGGAUGCCAUCUUCGCCAGUCUAGAUUCGCCUAGCGACGCCAACGCAAACCCUACCGCAGGUGCUCCCGCCCCUGCUCCCCAGGCUGAAGAGACUCGUCCGGCCCCCGGCCGAGCUCUCACCCAGUCGGGUGAGCACGAUGACCCGAUCCUGAAGAACCUUACCAGCAUGGGUUACUCGAGGGAGGACUCCAUUCUCGCUCUAGAGAAGUACGACUACAACUUGGAGAGGGCUGCCAACUAUCUUGCAAGCCAGUCGUGA